AUGAAAAUAUUUAAAAGAAAUAAAACUUUGGAGAAAGCGAAUUUUGACAAAAUAAAUAAUGUACAAAUAUAUGGAGAAAAUAAAAUACACUGCAAGGGGUUUUUCGUAUCAGGACCGGCCUUUUUAACGGUUAUCUCGUCCUUUCUUAUGAUAUUAAUCCCGGUUGCCAUCUUCCACGCCUUUACAUCAACAUGGCUCUUUGAAAAGGAUAUUUACUACGUCCCAUUUCUCAACCUCUUCUUUUUCACACUAACCAUUUACACCUUUUUUAAAACGAGUUUUAUGGACCCUGGUAUAAUACCAAGACAGGUAAUGGCCACCAAGUUGAAAUCCGUACUAAACAUUUACGAUGUGAUAAUCCAACAGUACCGGGAAACGCAACCACCACGACAGAAGGAGGUUUUGAUAAAUGGGAACUUUUACAAGCUCAAGUAUUGCUACACGUGUAAUAUAUAUAGAGGCAUAAGAACUGUGCACUGUUCCAUUUGUGACAACUGCGUGGAGAAGGUGGGCAAUUGCAUUGGGACGAGGAACUACAAAUACUUCGUGUACUUCGUUUUUAAUCUGUACAUCCUGAUAUGCAUAACUCUGGGCGCGAGUAUUUACAAACUAACCAUAUGCAUCAACAACCUAUCAGACCAAGGUUACAACACGGAGAAAAUAUUUAUUCACAUAUGGCGCAUGGCCACAGAUAGCAUCAUUUUGAUCAUAUACACUAUCCUAACCUUGUGGUUUGUCAUAGGACUGCUGUGCUAUCACAUCUACACAAUUGUGACGAAUCAAACAACGUACGAGCAAAUAAAGACCUUCUAUCAAAACGAUAAUCCGUUUAAUAUUGGCGUUUUUAACAAUAUAAAAGAGAUACUGUUCACGAAAACGAGGCCGUCAUACAUCAAUUUUGUGAACCCCCAAUUACAAGUUGUGGAUAAAAAAUGUUCGCACCAUGUAGUUGUCCUGAACGAUGUAGCUAUCAACAUAGAGGAAGAGAAAAAUGACUCCAAAUGGACCAAAAAAGGAAGAGAUUAUCAUUCGAACAAUAUUCAUGAUAGCAAAUGUAGAAACAAAAAUUACAAUGUAAAGAAAAAGAUAAAGAAAGAAAAAAGGAAAAACAGCGCAGGGAAAAACGGCCUACGCAAAAAAGAUGCACACGAUGGUGAUUCUCUUGCCCCACUUGGCCAUUCAAAACAAAUUAGACGGAAACAGAUUAACUACGAAACAAAAAUUAACUGCUUCAGCAACUUGACACAUGUGAGAAAAAAAUUAGAGUACCCAAUUCUGUAUAAGAAAAAAUUCCCAUUCAUCCGUAAGUUUAAAAGCAAAGUGGAGACCUAUUACGUAGUCAGAUAUGCCAACAUAAAUAAGAAUGACUUUUCGACCUACUGCCAGCAGACCAGUGCGGACCUAGAAAUGAAUAGCGUCAAACAGAUGAGCAAGAUGAAGAUGAUAAAGAAGAUAAACUACUUGCGGAAGCUAUUUUCGAGAAAACGCCAGCACGGCAAUAGUGGCCAUAACAAUCGGGGCAAAAUAAAAAUGUUCAGCACCGCCAAGAGUGCCAGUCGGAAGGACGAAGCGUGCAAUUGCAGCCGUUGGCGGGGGGGGCAUGUCAAGAACGGACACGAUGACUGCUCUGCCAAUGCGCAAGCCAACGAGAAAAUUGUACUCAAAAAGAGGAAGAAGAAGAAGAUGAUGGCCCUGCAGAAGGAUGUCAUCAUCAGCAUAUAUAAUUAUAAGCCCAAGGAAGAGAGGGAGAAGCCCAAUCAGUGGGGUGCAAGCCCUUCCAAAUUGGGAAAAAACGAACAGCAUGAAAAGGAACAAGCGGGUCAAGUGGACCAAACAGGCGAUCAUGAACGCAGCAGCGGGGAGGAGGAGGCUCAAGAUUUGUCCGAGCAAACCCACCGCCAAAUCCACGGAGACGCCUCGACCAAACACGCAGAAGAAAAACAAAAGAAGUUGGACCUGAAGCUGCCUGCAUACUACCUCUCCGGAAUAGACAACGUUGAGCUGGAAAAUUUCAGCAAGAUAUGCGAAAUGAGAUACACCAAAAUGUACAAGUGGAAGUACAAGAAGAUGCACAAGAGGAUACUGCGAAGGGAAAGAAUAAAACUGCUAUCCAGACCACAUAAGAACAUCCACUUGUAUUAUAACAACAAAAAUUAUUGCAUUGAUGAGUCUACAGAUUGGCAUAAAAACAGUGAACUGUUAAGCGAAUACAUGGACGCUAAUCUUUACUUUGCGAGAAUUAAAAAAGGUAACAAAUUUGACAAUUUAAAAUUAUUUAAUUAUUUAAUUCACAAGCAUAAACAAGAAAAAGACCGCUCAGAUAACAAAAAGAAAAGCAAGGCGUCCAAAUUUUUUUAUUUUUUUACAUCCUUUGCUCUAAUAAUUAAUUGUAUACACAUACCGUCUAGCAAUGAUAAUGACUGA